AUUGGACUGAACCGCACUGUCAUAAAGAAGACUGAAUUUACUUUGCCAGUGGGCACUCAUUUCUCCCUGAGUUGUCAUGGUAAUGACAAUGGCAACGUGACCUUGAAGACUUUGCCACUAUCACACAGGCGUUCCAAGGCAUGGAUUAAAGUCAAGGGGGCAACCAUUACCCAUACUGGAAGCUACAGGUGUUUCUAUGAUCAACGUCCAGAGCUGUAUUCAGAAGUGUACAUCUACAUCACCAAUGGUGACAUGUUCACGCCGAUGAGGGUUCAAGACGCUGGUUUCAAAAAAGAGGGUUCUGAUUAUCUCCUUGAUUGUUUACUGACGGACCCUCAAGCGACAGACUUUUCUCUCCGUCUGCUUAAUGGCAGUGCUUUACCCCACGACCUGAACUACACCACGGACCCAAAGAGAGGGAUUCUCAUGCGAUGUCUCCUACCCAGUCACAGCGGGAAGUACGUCUGCAGCGCCAACCUCCAUGGCACCAGAAGAGACUCUGAGGAAUACCACAUUAAGGUCGAAGCAAAGCUACACUCCCCACCAGGUGUGCAGAUUAGAGUCCUGCAGCCCAGUCAAGCAUUCCAACACAUUCUGGUUGUUGGGGAGAAGCUGGAGAUAGAAUGUGUUUGCACUAACCCCAACUAUGAAGCCCACAUCACCUGGACACAUACUUCUGGUCAAAAAAUGCGAGUCGAACAGUCCGUCCUGUCAGGUAAAGAAGUAAGGAAAAUCAGCAUCAUGACUAUCCCCUCUGUGAGUCUGUCUGACUCAGGCAACAUCACCUGCACUGGCGCCAAUGAGGCAGGAGCAAACUCCUCCACCACACACCUUCAAGUUGUAGCGGAGCCAUUCAUCAAACUCAUCCCUUUACUCUCCUCAAAGCCCGACAAUGGUGGUUUGGAUAUUAGCCUAAUAGAGGAGGGGAGUAUUGACCUGCGUGUCCAAAUCACAGCAUACCCCAUGAUUGAAGACCUCUGGUGGGAUACACCUGCGCCAGGCAAUGCAACAGAACAGACCUUGCUCAAAAUCGAGAAUGGAUACAAAAGUGUGCUGCUUCUGAGAAGUGUGACGGCAGAGGACGGAGGCCUGUACACUCUCCACACCAGGAGCGACCGAGUCAACGCCUCACUCAGUUUCAACGUCUCUGUCUGGUACAAACCAAGUGCUGUGGUUAGAUGGCAUAAUGGUUCUCUGACCUGUGUUGCCACUGGUUACCCUCUUCCCCUCUUAUACUGGUCUAGGUGCCCGGGGGCCCAAACCAUAUGUGACACAAACUCCAGUCUAGUGGGAGACAGCUAUUUUUCCCAGGCCUCUGUGGUGAAGGGAAGUGAAUCUGGGCGGGACCUGGUGGAGAGUGUUCUCCAUGUGAACCACUCAAGCAUCAGAAUGACUAUUGAGUGUAUAGCAGUAAACCUGGCUGGGGAGGACCGGGCCGCAAUGGCUUUUAGCCACUUUGUCACCAAUCCAGAUUUUCUAGUAUCCAAUCAUUUCACACCAACCCUUGUUGGUGCAUCAAGUUUAGUAGGACUACUGAUAAUCCUACUUGCAGUAGUUUUCUACAAGUACCAACAGAAACCUAAAUUUGAAAUCAGAUGGAAAAUAAUUGAGGUCAAUGAUGGGAACAACUACACAUUUAUGGACCCAACUCAGCUUCCAUACAAUGAGAAGUGGGAAUUUCCACGUGAAAGGCUAAGGCUUGGUCAAGUGUUGGGUACCGGGGCUUUUGGGAAAGUGGUGGAGGCAACUGCUGAUGGCCUAGGGACAGACGGAAACAUCAUCCGUGUGGCGGUGAAGAUGCUCAAACCCAGAGCCCAUUCAGAGGAGAGAGAGGCUCUGAUGUCAGAGCUGAAGAUUCUGAGUCACUUAGGAUCCCACAGCAACAUAGUCAACCUGCUGGGUGCUUGUACACAGGGAGGGCCGAUGCUGAUGAUCACAGAGUACUGUGGCCAUGGGGACCUGCUGAACUUCUUGCGCAGCAGGGCGGAGAUGUUUGUGACCUCUGUGUGGAGUGUAGCCAGCAUCUCCAGUGAGGCCACUCUCUACAAGAACAUCACUGACGACAACCGGGUCCGGAGCGACAGCGGCAUCUCCUGCUCUGGCUCUGACUACCAGGACAUGCUGAAGCCAAGGCACCAGUCACUGGGUUGCCACCCAGAAACAGACUCCGGACUCUUUGGCAUAGAGGACAUGCUACGAUUCUCCUAUGAUGUGGCUCAGGGCAUGGACUUCCUUGCGUCUCGUAAUUGCAUUCACAGAGAUGUGGCUGCUCGGAAUGUUCUCCUCACCGACUCCUGUGUGGCCAAGAUCUGUGACUUUGGGCUAGCCAGAGACAUAAUGAACGACUCCAACUAUGUGGUCAAAGGAAAUGCCCGCUUGCCGGUGAAGUGGAUGUCACCCGAGAGCAUCUUUGACUGCGUCUACACAGUGCAGAGCGACGUGUGGUCCUACGGGAUUCUGCUGUGGGAGAUCUUCUCUCUAGGUAAAAGCCCGUACCCUGAUAUAAUGGUGAAUUCCAGAUUCUAUAAACUGAUUCAAGAUGGAUAUCAGAUGUCUCAGCCAGACUUUGCCCCACCAGAGAUGUAUACCAUUAUGAAAAUGUGCUGGAAUCUGGAACCAACACAGCGUCCAACGUUCAGUACAAUUGGAGAACGUAUUGAACGGUUAUUCUCAGACCAACCUCAUCAAUACAGGAACUUAGAGCAGGCCCUUGAGGAGGCGGAGGGCGAGGAGCAAUGUGAGUGUGAGUCCACUGUGGCUUGUGAGGGGGUCCUUGAGCCGGACGCCGACCAUGAUGUGGAGGGAGAACCACUGAUGAAAAAUAACUACCAAAUAUGCUAACGGGAAAAAAAGAUUUAAUCCAUAUACUGUAAAGGGGACUGCACACACACACACACACACACACACACACACACACACACACACACACACA